AUGCUCCUCUAUAGACAUAUUAAAUUGGCUUUUAAUUGUACAAAAAGUGUGCACCCAUACAUCGGAUGCACAUUUGCCUUUAAUUUGAAGAUCUUCGGAGGACAGCCGGUUAAAAAUCGAGCCAAAAGAGGUUUUGGCCAUUGGCCAGUGAACCUGGAAGUGGCCCCUGGAAGAACAGCUACCCCUGCACAGCUACCCCUGCGUACAACCCCCACACAGCAGGGCUUUUCCAGGGACCCCAGACCUACAGCGUGUGUUUCUGUGACCCGCGUCCCGUCUCCUGUAGGCUCAGGUGGUGCAAGGAAGAGCCGAGUGCUCUGCCGUGGGUUCGAAGACAUUUGCUCACCACAGGGAAACGGGGCCUGUGGCCACCCCAGCCCACCGAGGGCCCUGGCGGCUGUGGGCCAGGGCUCCCCUCGCACCUCCUCUCGCCCUUCCGGGAGCGCAGCUCUCCCAGCUCAUUGCUCCAGGCCCUCUUCUAGUAGUUCAUGGCUCGUCCCCACUCCCAGCCCGGUCUAUAAAAAGAAUCCGCAGAGUAACUACCCGUAUGCGGUGCAUAUCUCUGUGUUUGCGGUGUACCUGGAGGUGUAUCUUCGGGAGGUGUAUCUUGGGGAAGUACGACAGCCUCCUGAAAUUAAUUUAGUUCUGCGUCCUCGGGGAUUGACUGGUGAUAAUGAAGUAUAUACCAAAGUUGAUCUGUGGGUCAAGUGUCCACAUACUUACCCUGAUACUGUACCUGAAAUACAACUAAAAAAUUCAAAAGGCUUGUCAAAUGAGAAAAUAAAAGAAUUAAAAUCCAGACUAGCUGAACUGGCAAAACAGUGCUGUGGAGAGGUGAUGAUAUUUGAACUUGCCGACCAUGUACAGUCAUUUCUCAGUGAGUAUAAUAAACCGCCUUCCAAGUCUUUUCAUGAAGAAAUGCUAAAAAAUCAUCAAAAAGAACAAGAAAGACUGGCUCAGGAGGAAUUGCGUAGGGCACAAGAAGUUAAGAGAAGAGAGGAGCAGGAGCAACGUGAAAUCCUUAACGAGAUUCAGAGAAGGGAGGAAGAGAAAAGAGAAGAAAGAAAGAAGAAAGAGAUUGCUAAACAGGGACGUUUGGAAGUAGCUGCUCUGACAAGUCAAGAAAACUCUCACAGGAAAGAUACUGCAGGGUACAGAGUUGGUUCUGGUUUAAAUGGGAGCUGUUUGGAACAUGGAGUGAAUAAUAAAUACCGACCAAAUUCAGCUGGACGUUCAAAACAAGAACGCCAGCUUUCUGUUAGUAAUAAUGAAGAGUCCCCUGGAAAUCACGAAGUUUUGAACUUCAGCACAAGUGGUGCUGGACAACUUACUGUCCAUAAAGGAAAAUGUCUAGGCAAGGAUGAACAGCUUGGUAAAUCAGUCUAUAAUGCCUUGGAAAUCCACAGUGGAGACUUUGUUUUAGUAUAUGAGUGGGUUCUGCACUGGCAAAAGAAGAUGGGAAAGUUUCUUACAUCACAGGAAAUAGAAAAGAUUGAGAAGUGUAAGAAACAGCUUCAGGGUGCAGAAACAGAGUUCAGCUCACUGACGAAGCUAAGUCACCCAAACAUAGUACAUUAUAAAUGUAUGAACCUGAAAGAACGGAACGAUUCAAUUGUGGUGGACAUUGUAGUGGAGCAUAUAAGUGGUUGCAGCCUUUCUACAUACUUACACAAAGAGACUUCAGUUCCACUUGAGCAGCUGCGCCAUUAUGUGACCCAGAUCUUGUCAGCUCUUGACUACUUGCACAGUAAUUCGGUAGUGCACAAAGUUCUUUGUUCUUCCAGUAUCCUGGUAGAUGUUGAAGGAAACAUCAAGGUGACAGACUACAGCAUUUCCAAGCGCUUAGCUGAUAUCUGCAAAGCAGAUGUUUUUGAGCAAACCAAAGUUCGUUUUAGUGAAGAUGGUCUUCCCAGCAAACCUGGAAAAAAAGGAGAUGUGUGGAGUCUGGGCUUGCUUCUGCUUUCACUCAGCCAGGGCCAAGUAACCAAGGAAUAUCCAGUUGCUGUUCCUGCCAAUUUACCUGCUGACUUCCAAGACUUUCUGGAAAAAUGUGUUUGUUUGGAAGAUAAGGAAAGAUGGACUCCUCAGCAGUUAUUACAACAUAGUUUUAUAAACAUUCCACGAAUGAAAAUACCUGUAGCUGAAGAAAAUCUAGAUGAUUCAGCAGGUAUAGAUUGCAUCGAGACAGUUGUACCCAGCAGUCAGGUAUCCAGCUCCUCAUUCUUCACAGAAACACAGAGACAAUUUUCACGCUACUACAAUGAGUUUGAAGAGCUAAAAUUACUUGGCAAAGGGGCUUUUGGAGCAGUCAUCAAGGUGAGAAAUAAGCUUGAUGGUUGCUAUUAUGCCGUGAAACGUAUCCGCAUAAACCCUGCCAGCAAGCAAUUUCGGAGGAUUAAGGGGGAAGUAACAUUACUUUCCCGACUGAACCAUGAGAAUAUUGUGAGAUAUUACAAUGCUUGGAUCGAAAAACACGAAAGUCCUGUUCCCACGGUAACAACCGACGAGAAAAGAAUGCCCACCAAAGCUGGUCUCUUCGUCCUUACCACUGAGGAGACAAAUGAUGUGGAAGCUAAUGCUCCUCCUCCAGUUUUGACAAGUUCAGUUGAGUGGAGUACUUCAUGUGAAAGAUCCUCCAGCAACAAAUUCAGUGGAGCUGAUCAGGAGUCCAGCGAUGACGAUGAUGACGAUGGUGAUGGGGUGUUCUCACAUUCAUUUUUGCCAACCACAGAUUCUGAAAGUGAAAUAAUUUUUGAUAAUGAGGAUGAAAACAGUAAAGGUCAUCCUCUGGAUGAAGAAGGCAAUGAAAAGACUAGCCAUGGAGGAGAAGACAGGGCACCAGUCGUUCAGACAGUGCAUUACCUGUACAUUCAGAUGGAGUAUUGUGAAAAGAGCACAUUAAGGGAUACUAUUGACCAAGGGUUAUAUGAAGACACCAGUCGGCUUUGGAGGCUUUUCCGAGAAAUUUUAGAUGGGUUGGCUUACAUCCAUGAAAAGGGAAUGAUCCACAGAGACUUGAAACCUGUGAACAUUUUUUUAGAUUCAGAUGAUCAUGUCAAAAUUGGUGAUUUUGGUUUAGCUACAGAUCAUCCAGCAAAUGCAGUGGUCUCCAAACAAGAAGAAAAUCACUCAGGUAGUUCUGCUAGGUCUGACCCAUCAGGUAACUUGACAGGGAUGGUUGGCACCGCACUGUAUGUUAGCCCAGAGGUCCAAGGAAGCACUAAGUCUACAUACAAUCAGAAAGUGGACCUGUUCAGUCUGGGUAUAAUAUUCUUUGAAAUGUCUUACCAUCCCAUGAGUACUGCAUCGGAAAGGAUCUUUGUUCUUGGUCAACUAAGACUACCCACUAUUGUAUUUCCUAAAGACUUUGAUGAAGUCAAGCAUGCAAAGCAGAGAUUAGUUAUUACAUGGCUCCUGAACCAUGAUCCUGCAGCACGACCAACAGCUGUGGAGCUAUUGAAAAGCGAACAUCUUCCACCACCACAAAUGGAAGAGUCUGAACUCCAUGAAGUACUCCACCAUACCUUAGCAAACGUGGAUGGAAAGGCGUACCGGACUAUGAUGAGUCAGAUAUUUUCACAGCGUGUAUCUCCAGCUAUAGACUAUACCUAUGACAGUGAUAUGCUGAAGGGUAGUUUUUCUGUUUGGUCAGCCAAGAUACAGCAGCAUGUAUGUGAGAUUGUCAGCCGGAUAUUUAAAAGACACGGAGCCAUCAAGCUGAAUACUCCACUGCUAAUGCCCGGAAAUAAAAAACUAUACGAACAUAACGAAGCUUCGUAUUUCAUGGAUCACAGUGGCAUGCUGGUAAUGCUUCCUUAUGACCUCAGAAUUCCUUUUGCAAGAUUUGUAGCUAGAAAUAACAUAUCAAACUUGAAAAGGUACUGUAUAGAGCGAGUUUUCAGACCUCGGAAGUUAGACCGCUGUCAUCCCAGAGAACUCCUAGAAUGUGCAUUUGACAUUAUUACAUCUACUGGAAAUAGCUUUUUGCCUGUAGCAGAAACAAUUUAUGCCAUUUCAGAAAUCAUUCAAGAGUUUUCAGUGCUACAGGAAAGAAAUUACAGUAUUUACUUGAACCACACUGCCUUGCUGAAAGCUAUACUUUUGCACUGUGGGAUACCAGAGGAUAAACUCAAUCAAGUUUACAUCAUUCUCUGUGAUGCUGUGACUGAAAAGCUAACUAAAAGAGAAGUAGAAGCCAAAUUCUGUAAUCUUUCUCUCACAUCAAAUAGUCUUUCUCGACUCUACAGAUUCAUUGAGCAGAAGGGAGAAGCAAGUAAUGUAUUUCCAUUUUUAAACACCGUGAUAAAACAAAAGCCAGGUGUCACUCAGCUGUUGAAGCAUGGCAUGAAGGAUUUAGAGGAAAUCAUUGGUCUGUUAAAGCAACUUGGAAUAAAACUUCAGGUUUCUAUAAAUCUGGGACUAGUUUACAAAAUACAGCAGCACAAUGGUAUUAUCUUUCAGUUUAUAGCAUACAUCAAAAGAAGACAAAGAACUGUGCCUGAAAUUCUUGCUGCAGGGGGCAGAUACGAUCAUCUGAUUCCACAAUUUAGAGGGCCACAGAUGGUGGGACCAGUUCCUUCAGCUGUUGGAGUCAGCAUAGCUAUAGAUAAAAUAACUGCUGCUGUUUCCGGUGUGGAGGAUUCUGUUUCUGUCAGCUCGUGUGACCUGCUGGUUGUAAGCGUUGGUCAGAUGUCAAUGGGUAGAGCUAUCAAUAUUGUUCAGAAACUCUGGACUGCAGGAAUUCCAGCCGAAAUAAUGUAUGACUGGUCCCAGUCCCAGGAAGAACUGCAGGAAUAUUGCAGAUGCUCUGGGAUUACAUAUGUGGCUCUUGUGUCAGAUAAAGAAGGAAGUCAUGUGAAAGUGAAAUCCUUUGAGAAAGACAGACAGACGGAGAAAAGGAUUUUAGAAUCUGACUUGGUAGAUCACCUGAUCCAGAAACUGAAAACUAAAAUCUGUGACGAAAGAUGUAGUAGAGAAACCUCAGAUAAUCUUUCAGUACCAAAUCAAAAGGGAUCAUUUACUAAUAAUUCAGGUGCAUUUGAAUCACAUGGAACUCUUGUAGUGCCUAAUGUUAGUGUUAUAGCUCCUGAAAAAUUAUCUGCCAGUGCCAGGCGUCGUCAAGAAAUUCAGGUGCAAACAAGACUUCAGACAUUUGUUUCUAGCCUGCAACAGAAGACAAAUGAGAUUGAGAUUUUAGCAGUAGAUCUGCCAAAAGCAACUGUAAUACACUUCUUAUCAUUAGAGUUUGAUGGAGAUAGACAAGCCUUUGAUGCUACCGUGAGGCAACUGAUGUCACGAUGGCCAAAACAGAGAUGUUCAUACUUACAAGCCAUUUGUGAUGAAAUUUACAGUAUCAAAAUGGAAAAGAGGGUUCCUGCACUCAUCCUGUACAGUUUCCGAGACGAAUACAAGGUUUUGUUUUAG